AUGACCUGCAGCCGCCGCCCCUCCGGCCCUGCCCUCGCCCCCAUCCUGCUGGCCGCACUGCUGGGCGGUGCGGCCCGGGCCGUGGAGAUCGUGGGCGGGCGGGCAGCUGAGCCCCACUCGCGGCCCUACAUGGUGUCGCUGCAGCGGCGCGGGUUUCCCGGCGGCCACUUCUGCGGGGGCACCUUGAUCCACCCCCGCUUCGUGCUGACCGCCGCCCACUGCCUGCGGGACAUGAACCCCCUCCUGGUGAGCGUGGUGCUCGGGGUGCAUGACCUGCAGGCGUCGGAGCCCACGCAGCAGAGGUUCAGCGUCGCCCGCCUGUUCGAGAACAACUACGACCCGGAGGAGAAUCGCAACGACGUCCUCCUCCUGCAGCUGGACCGCCCAGCCACCCUCAACGACCAGGUCGCGGUGGCCCAGCUCCCCGAACAGAACCAGGAGGUGCCCCAAGACACCCGCUGCCUGGCCAUGGGUUGGGGCCGCCUGGGCACGCGGGAGCCGCUGCCCCGGGUCCUGCAGGAGCUCAACGUGACCGUGGUCACCUUCCUGUGCCGACCACACAACCUGUGCACCUUCGUUCCCCGGCGCAGAGCCGGCAUCUGCUUCGGAGACUCGGGCGGCCCCUUGAUCUGCAACGGCGUCCUCCAGGGCGUGGACUCGUUUGUGAUCCGCGCGUGCGCCACCACUCACCACCCCGACUUCUUCGCCCGCGUCUCCCUCUACGUGGACUGGAUCCGCUCUGUGCUGGCGGGCGCGGAGGGCACGGCGCCCCAACGGAGGCAUCAGAUGGAGGCCGAGGUCUCAGAAACCUGAACCUCCAGACCCCCCCCCUUCGGCCGCUCCCCACCCCGCACGGGGCUCGCAGGAGCCGCCCGGUGACAUCAAUAAAAGUCGAAACUCCCUCUCUGCGUCUGCUUUGUCCUUCCCAGGGGUGUGGGGGGACCGCGGCCGAGGGUCCCCAGCAUCCAGGUGCCCGAGCCCCAGACCCGGGAUGGGGGAUUGGAGGCCUGGAGGCGAGGGGGACCCAGGACACAGUGCAUCCCGCCUCUCGGAUGCCCACAGAUGUGGGUUCUAAUCCAGCCCCUCCAGUGUGACUCUGGGCAGGUUGCUGCCCAUCUCUGUGCCUCAGUUUCCUCGUCUGGAAAGUGGAGUCAUCUCAGAUUUCCCAGAACUGCCCAUGGAGCCGCACCCUGUCCUCAGGGCUGGGGGCGUCGUGCUGGCUCUGGGUUUCUGGGCGGCUUGAGGACCAGGCUGUCGUGACGUGGAGUGUCCAGGGCCCCUGGGGCUCCUGAUCCCAUCACGGGGAGGCAGAAGGGCCAU